AUGGUAUUAUGUGGAAUAUGCAAAAUUGAACAAUCAAAAUAUAAAUGUCCUAAAUGUUCAAUACUUUAUUGUUCAUUGAUUUGUUAUAAAUCAGAACUUCAUAAUCAUGAUAAUCUCCCGACUAUAACCGACCCAUCACCACCACCACCACCACAGCAACAACAAAAAUCAUUAAUUGAUACCAUUAAUACUACUACUACUACUACUACUACUACUGCUAGUUCUAGUUCUAGUGAAGAUGAUAAAUUUAAUAAAUUAUUACAAGAUAAUCAAAUUCAAUAUUUAUUAAAUCAACCAAGUUUACAAUUUCAUUUAUUUUCAAUUAUCAAAAUAUUAAUAGAUUCAACUUUUACUCCUAAAAAUAGUAAUAUUGAACAAAAAUUAGAUAUUGCUAAUUUAAAACUUAAUGAUUUAAGAAUUGGUGGGGUUGAACAAAAUGAAUUAAUUGAAGAAUUUGUUCAACGUUGUCUUGAAUUAAUGAAUGGAACAUAA